ACGUGGCGACUGUCAGCUGUGGUGCUGUGGAGGCGAGGCAGCUAUUCUGCUUUACCUGCUGUUUUGCAUGAAUUUGUGGAAUCAGGUGAGCUGCGUGGCGUGACUGGUGGACGCCAGGUGGAGGUGGCACUAGUGACUAUGAAGCGAUGGAAAGGCAUGCAUGUACGAUUUAUGGCCGGAGUCUAUCAGGUAUGGGCGGCACUCCUUCCUCGCUGUCCAAAGGUGUUCGCACGUGGCACUAAUUAAAGGUAAAACGUGGCACUCGUGGCCGUGACGUUUGUGGUCGUGUUUGUGUUGUCAUCGCGUGUGUGAAGUGAAGUGACUCGCGGACUGUACUGACGAGAAAUAUAUCACAGAUGUGGCGUUGAGGACACAGGUGUGGCCUCAUUGUAAGGUGUAGCAGAGGUGUAUGUGACCUUGCACACCUUCAACGUACCUGUCACUCAUUUCGUUCCCUAAGAUACGAAAUAAUUUAUGAGGAGGAUGAGAAGAUAAAGGAGGAUGAAAAUUUGUAGCCACUAUCUCACCUGUAAUUUCCCCGUCCUACCUGCCCAGAUGCUUAACGAGACACUGAUAAUUGACGCUCUAAAUAAACCACACCUGCACAUCCAGGAGGAGGUGGUGGUGGUGGUGGUCUGUGGGGCGGAGGGUCAGUUUCACCCUUGAGUGAUGCGUGACGACGGUACAUCAUUUCCCGGAGAGCAAUGCAAGGAAGCCGUGUCGUGUGUGCCAUGAAUAUGUAACCACCUUGUUUUACAUUCGCCGCUGCACGCCUGGUCGCUACGUGCAUCAGUUUAGAAGUUAAGCAGCGAGCACGAGGGUAAGGGUACAAGGCGAACGAGCACCAGCACCACCAGCAACAACAGCACCAACAGGAAUAGCAACAUCAGCAGCGGCGGGGAGUGGCGAGGCCGUGGGGCGUGUGUGGUUGCAUGGGAUCGCUGUAAACAAGCAAUACGGAUCGUCUGAGGGAGCGUACGAUCCGAGCUGCGACCCCUCACCCACCAUGCCGCAGCUGCACGACCACGCACACGCCCACGAUAACGCCCACAACCACGAGCAAGCGCCCCUCACUCCCUCAUCCUCCUCUUCAUCCAACUCGUCAGCCUCGUCAGCGGGCGCAUCGUCCUUCGUCAGUCCGGGAAGUGAUCGCGCGAAUACAUACGUGUCUCCGGGAUCCGACGCGGGUUCCACAGGUGUGGGCUCCCCCGGGGCGAGCGUGUCUUCGGGGGUCGGGGUGAACGGGCCAGGAGGCGACAGUAACGAGGUGUCCUGCGCCGGCUGCUCCAACCCCAUCAACGACCGCUUCUAUCUGCGCGCGGUGGAGCUCAAGUGGCAUGCCAGCUGUCUACGCUGCGUCAUCUGCCAAAAAUCUCUGGACGACGCCGGCACGUGCUUCGCCAGGGAGGGACGCAUCUUCUGCAAAGACGACUACCACAGGUUCUUCAGCAUGAGGCGCUGCGCUCGUUGCUCCCAGACCAUCAGCAGUUCAGAGUUUGUGAUGAGGGCGCGUGAGUUCGUUUACCACGUGCAGUGCUUCACGUGCGCCCACUGCCACGUGCAGCUGACCAAAGGGGACCAGUUUGGCAUGUGUGGUCCAGUCAUCUACUGCCGGGACCACUACCAGAUGUCCACCCUACUGGAGAGUGGCUAUGUCACCCCCAUGGGCAUGCCUCCAGGGGCGCUGCCAGGAGGACCACUACCCCAGGGCCCCCACCCCUUGGCCCACCACGCCCUGCAUCCACACCUUCCCCCGGAGAUGCUGCAGGGCUACCCGCCGCCAGACCACGGGGGACGCAUGCAGUGCUUCAACGGGGUGGGCUCACACGGCAAAGGACGCCCCAGGAAGAGGAAACCCAAGGAUGAGUCAAUGGACACCAGCAUGACUAUUCCUGGGGGCUACGAUCUGGAGGGAGCUUACGGCCCACUGGGAACCCCUUGCCAAACUGGGAGGACGAAGAGAAUCAGAACCUCCUUCAAGCACCACCAGUUGAGGACCAUGAAGUCUUAUUUCGCCAUCAACCACAACCCGGACGCCAAGGACCUGAAGCAACUCUCGCAGAAGACCGGAUUGUCCAAAAGGGUGUUGCAGGUGUGGUUCCAAAAUGCUCGGGCGAAGUGGCGACGACAAAUGGUUUCCAAAGACCCGAAGGCUCUAUCUGGCGGCGACGGCGGGCUGAGCGAGGGGCAGCAAGGGGAGAGCUCGGCGGGGGAGUACCCCAACACGCCCUCCGUGCCGCCCUCCGCCAUGAGUCCCGAGGAGGGGAACAGUUCCCAGAUCUCCUACCAACAGAUGUUCUGACACCUGUCCACGCAGGGUGACGGACACCCGCUCCAGGUCCCUCCGUUUUCCUCACACCCGCUCCUGCCCCUCCAGCAGUCAUUCUCACGCCCCCUCGUCAUGGAGGAUCUAGCCUCGUCCUCCUCCUUGUCCCCGAGCAGCGUCCCACACCCCAUGAUGGGCCAGGCCUCCUUCCCCCUGGUCUCCUUCCCUUCAGGAGGGGAGGACAUAGAAGAUGACUCCAUUUUCAGCACCGAUGACCAGACCUCCAGCCAGGACGACCAAAUGUUCCUCGGUAUUCGGUCACCGAGUUCCCUGGCCGGCGGCGCCUCCACCCGCUCCCCUGACAAGAAAGAGGAGACGGGAGACGGGGAGGAGGAGGAGGAAGAGGAGGAGGACGAGUUUGAGGACGCACGGGACAGCGGCCAGACCUACCAGGAACUGUACUAGUGGCUGGAGGGGCUGCCCGAGGCGGCGCCCACCCGGCGGCCGGCACUGCUCAGGGGCCGGGCGGCGCCGCUCAGCCGCAGGUGGGCGGCUCCACGCUCGGGACGGGACGAGUGCCGCGUGCCGCGUACACAGACUUUCAGGUCCACCGCAGUGACUUGCUUCAAGCAUUACACACAAAGUUCUUUAUAUUGCCAGUCUAUUUAUUGAUAUGAUAUAUCAGUGUAGCACUCACGCCCGCCGGGCCGCGACGCCAGCGGGGAUUCCAGCGUUUCCAUAUCUCUUAGUCUUUAACUCAAACGGCGUCAACACGCUUUUCCACACAGACACUUGCUUCUUAUGUUCUUCAAAGAAGAUCUUCCUAAACCAAAUGCGUGGAGAUUCCUUAACUCCUGAGGAAGGCCCGGCCCGGCCACGCGGCGCGGCGCACCGGACCUGUGCUGGCCUGCAAGCAAGUCCUCCACGCCCGCGCCCUUCACCACUGCCUGCCCGCGUGCCUGUCAUGGCAGCCAUCUGUCAUGCACGGGUCAGGCAGGACGGUGUCAAGUCGGGUCGGCUCUUGUGGCCUCGCCGUGCAUGACUCAGGGUUCAGUUGGCUGCCGCCACACCGCGCCGCCACGCACUGGGACGAGCGGCGGUGGUGGCUGCCAGGCGGUCCCAGGUGCAGCACCCUAGGCGCUGCUCAGCCCGCACAGCCCCUGAGCCGCGCACCGCGACGCUCCUCGUUCAUGUUGGAUGUCUCUCUGGUGACUGGAUGUGUAGGUGUACAGUGUAUCAUAUGUAUCCAUGUGACGCGAGCCAAGCCUCCCUGAGUCCCUGGGGCGCCACGCGGGGUUUCCGGCAACACGUCAGUGACACAUCGGCUGCUGGGCACGAGCCUCUCUCCCCUGGACUGUUGCAGUGGAUCACCAAACGCCAAAUCACGUUGCCACGACCAAAUGUUCUGCACGACGCGCGGUAAAGCCCGCCACCCGCCGCCCCAGGGACCGCCUCCCACGCCCGCACUGAACAAGGACUGAAGAUGUGCCAGUCACAGGACUCAUUGAGCGGCCACUCUCCUCUCAGACUCACCCUGCACUACACACACACACACACACACACACACACACACACACACACACACACACACACACACACACACACACACACACACACACACUGGAGAAUCAUGCUUUACACAAUGACGCAACCCUGUAUUCAGGACAUGUAUACAAUUAUGAAGCCUAAAAUCAUGAUAUCCUUAACAUUCUCCAGCCUUCGCCACUUGGAAGACUGACGGACGUGAACUUAACCUAAACAGUUCGGAGCAUAAACGGAAGAAUACCUGCCCGCCGGUGAGGGCAGGGCAGAAGCGCACCUGAGGCAGUGAUAAGAUAGUGAACGAAAUAUACUGACGAGUAACAGACAGACAGACAGACAGACAGACGUGUCAGAAAGAGAGGAAGAGAAAGGCUGUCCAUCGUGUACAUAACUAUCUAAACUGUGAGAGAGAGAGAGAGAGAGAGAGAGAGAGAGAGAGAGAGAGAGAGAGAGAGAGAGAGAGAGAGAGAGAGAGAGAGAGAGAGAGAGAGAGAGAGAGAGAGAGAGAGAUGAAGUCUAUUUCCAGAGAUAAACACUAACUUUAUUUCCUAAGGAGAUAGUACCGAGAGAGAGAGAGAGAGAGAGAGAGAGAGAGAGAGAGAGAGAGAGAGAGAGAGAGAGAGAGAGAGAGAGAGAGAGAGAGAGAGAGAGAGAGAGAGAGAGAGAGAGAGAGAGAGAGAGAGAGAAACUGCUACAAUGACUGACACACUGGCAACAACAAGACGCCACAACACGAAGUCCAUAAGAGGAGUCAGUAAAAGAAACGGAGCUGAAGAAAAGAAGAAAAAAACGAGAGAGAAGAAAAAAAAGAAAUAUCGACAGCAGCAACUUCUACUGAGAAAACUCUAACCUGGUAUAAGAAAUCCAUGAAAAAAAAUAAAAAAUAAAAAUAAACCCAUAAAUAAAAAAAUAAAAAAAUGAAAGCUGGUGAACUAUUUUGACAGAACAUAAAAAAAAAAAAAAUCAUAAUCCUCUGGUAACAACAAAACUGACACAUACACACACACACACACACACACACACACACACACACACACACACACGUUUCCAUCACUCAAGCGUAGUAUACCAGGUUAGCGUUUUCUCAAUCGUGCUUUGCUUAUCCCAGUGACCUCCAGUUCAGUCAGGGCGACAGGAGGAGUGUGGCCCGCGGUUCCCUGUCACACGCCGUCUAUCUAUCUAGGUAGUACGAGUUCACUCUGUGUUCCUCUCCUGUUCUGUACAAAUUAUCCUUUAUCUUUCAAAGUCAAUAAAACCAUUUAAUUUUAA